CCCAUCACUUUCGCGUCCGCUUUCCCCGCCCGAGAGAGACUGCUCCUUUCGCGUCCGCGUUUCCCCUCUAUAUUUAUUGUCCGUUUCCUCACGCUCUUUCACGUCCGCUUCAGCUCCCCAUUACCCACCCCCCCCCCCCCGGCUGUACGUGCCGCCGACCGGGCUCGUACCCGCUGCCUGGCGCGCUGAGACGUGGCAAUCGGGCACGCGGCGCGGUCUCGCCUUCGCCCAUCCCCUUUUCUUGCCCCCCCACCCCCCCUUUCCCGGCCCGCGCCCGGAGUAGACACAGCGAGCGAGAUGUCGGUGCAGACCGAUGUGAUGGGGACCGCCGAGGACCUCGCUGACCAGUUUUUACGUGUGACCAAGCGUUUCCUGCCUCAUGUUGCACACUUGUGUCUGAUUAGUACAUUCUUGGAAGAUGGGAUUCGCAUGUGGUUCCAAUGGAAUGAACAGUGUGACUACAUCAACAUGGCCUGGCACUGUGGAAACUUCCUUGCCACCGUGUUUGUUUUGCUAAAUAUGGUCGGGCAGCUAGGUGGUUGCAUCCUGGUGCUGAGUCGGAAGUUUGUGCCUUAUGCUUGCUGUGGUUUAUUUGUACUCAUUGCUAUGCAGACUGUUGCAUACAGUAUUCUCUGGGACCUUAAAUUCCUUAUGAGGAACCUUGCAUUGGGUGGUGGCUUGCUGCUACUACUGGCUGAGUCUCGAUCCGAAGGGAAAACCAUGUUCGCAGGUGUCCCUACCAUGGACACAAAUUCCCCACGGCAGUACAUGCAGUUGGGAGGCCGCGUUCUGCUUGUCCUAAUGUUCAUGACUUUGUUGCAUUUCUCCAUGAAUGCACUUAUGAUUCUUCAAGACAUUGUUGGCACUACUUUGAUAAUCCUUGUGGCGAUUGGUUUCAAGACUAAGUUAGCUGCUCUUACACUGGUCAUUUGGCUCUUUGCAUUGAAUCUGAUUCAGAAUCCAUUUUGGAGAAUCCCGGUUUACAAGCCCAUGCAUGACUUCCUAAAGUAUGACUUUUUCCAAACCAUGUCUGUGAUUGGUGGCCUUCUGUUAGUAGUAGCAUUGGGACCUGGUGGAGUCUCGAUGGAUGAACAUAAGAAGAAGUGGUAAAGAGUUUCUUCUGAAGAGAAAUAUAUAUAUAUAUAUUUGUGUAAUUUUUUAAUUAUUUUUACUACAGUAUCAGUUCUUUCUGUCUGAAUCUGAAUUAUUUUACUAUCGAAUCUCCUUCAUGUGAUGCAUAAAUUAAAAACGACACACAUCAGUCUUACUGUUGCUUUUCCUCCAAGUAUUUAAUAUUAGGUGAUGUUAAAAUUGGUGCCAAAAUUUACCAUGCAGUUAUUUCAGGUACAGUAUUUCUUUACAGCACCUUCGGUACUGCUUCAAAGAUGGGGAAUGUUUCUUCUGUUUUCUGGGCUUUGAUGUUUCAGACAAUCUAUUUAACGAAUUUCUGUGUGCAGGCUUACAUAACAGGAGGUUGGAAUAUUCUGAGGUUUGAUGGUGAAAUGAAUGUUGAGUGUGCCAUAUUUUGAUUCAGAUGUGUAAUAGCAUGUGGCUAUUAAACAUUCCUUAACCUUGGACCAUUCCAACUUGUAUCAUGAAUAAAACAAAAUACCUUUGAAAAAUUGGUCAAACUCACUUUGAAAUGGUGUGAUGAGUGGAGCUUUCAGAGUUUGUAAUCCUUCAGGUGUCAUGCUACAACUGCCUUGCUACAAACUGAAGUGCCUUGCACAGCAAUAUUUUAAUGGGUUGAGUUUCGAGCUUAAUUGUUCC